AUGUCCCACACAACCACCACCCAAGACGUAACCCUCGGCUACCCACGAGUCAUCCGGGCAAGCCACUCUCCCGAGACUGAGAACUCCGUCUUCUCCGCCGACCAUGACGUUACUCCUUUCAAAUUUGGUCCUCAUAACACUGGAUUCGCCGUCUUCGACUCACGCGAUGCCAUUCCCGUGACCAACACCGACCCAACCCCGUCAUUCCCUGAAGCCAUUCCUCGAACACCUCCCCAGGGAGCUAUGGUCUGCACAGUUGACUUUCAACCUGGCAGCAGCUCCCCAAUGCACAGGACGCUCAGUAUAGACUACUGCAUUGUCGUCACUGGCGAGAUACUUCUUCGCCUGGAUAGCGGAGAAGAGAGGGUCGUCAAGGCUGGCGAAUACAUAAUCCAGGAGGGCGCAAACCAUCAAUGGUUCAAUAACUCAAACCGUGUCUGCCGUAUAUUCUUUGUUUCCUUGGCGGCAAAUCCCAUCCUGUCAAAGGAUGGCCAGCCUCUUAUGCCGGAUCUUUUUCAAAAAGAGAAAGAACUUGGCAUCGAGAGCAACUGA